UCAGGAGUCUCUCAUGUUCUGUCUCCCUUUCUGAUAUUUCCCACUCAUUUUUUUCUCCUUUCCCCUUUAUUCCCUUUCACUAUUUUUUAUAUUCCCCAAAUGAAUGAGAACAUAUAAUGUUUGUCCUUCUCCAGUUGACUUAUUCACUCAGCAUAAUACCCUCCAGUUCCAUCCAUGUCGAAGGUUCAGGAUGGUUUAAUCUGGCUUCACAUAACUCGUCAAACCUUGGAAUCCUGUUGGACUGUCUUUUUCAUGUUCAAUUUUGCAUACUUUUUAUCACAAUAACGACCCCACAACUCCGCUUGACAAAGAUUCGUCAAAAAGAGUGGAGCAAACCUGUUAACUGAACUACCACAAUAGGCUGAUAGUGUGCUUCGAGCCUGACGUAUGUCAAACAUUGCCAUAUGUUUCAGAUGUAACCUGCCCCGUGGUGCCCCUGUGACAUUUUGGUGUACAGUUUGGGUGGUGCUACUGUUCUGUAGACUACACUUGAGAAACCAACCAUGUGUUCCAUGGGAAACGGUACGAGCAGACUCUAUAGUGCUCUUGCCAAGACACUGAACAGCAGUGCUGCCUCCCAGCACCCAGAAUAUUUGGUAUCACCUGACUCUGAACAUCUGGAGCCCAUUGAUCCCAAAGAACUCCUUGAGGAAUGCAGGGCUGUCCUGCACACUCGACCUCCCCGGUUCCAGAGGGAUUUUGUGGAUCUGAGGACAGACUGCCCCAGUAGCCACCCACCUAUUCGAGUCAUGCAGUGGAACAUUCUUGCCCAAGCUCUUGGAGAAGGAAAAGACAACUUUGUACAAUGCCCUGUGGAAGCCCUCAAGUGGGAAGAAAGGAAAUGUCUCAUCCUAGAAGAAAUUCUAGCCUACCAGCCCGAUAUAUUAUGUCUCCAAGAGGUGGACCACUAUUUUGACACCUUUCAACCACUCCUCAGUAGAUUGGGCUAUCAGGGCACGUUUUUCCCAAAGCCCUGGUCACCUUGUCUAGAUGUAGAACACAACAAUGGACCAGACGGCUGUGCCUUGUUUUUUCUCCAGAACCGAUUCAAGUUAGUCAAUAGUGCCAAUAUUAGGCUGACGGCCAUGACAUUGAAAACCAAUCAGGUGGCCAUUGCACAAACUCUGGAGUGCAAGGAGUCCAGUCGACAGUUCUGUAUUGCUGUCACUCACUUAAAAGCACGUACAGGCUGGGAACGAUUUCGCUCAGCUCAAGGCUGUGACCUUCUCCAGAACCUGCAGAACAUCACCCAAGGAGCCAAGAUUCCCCUCAUUGUUUGUGGGGACUUCAAUGCAGAGCCAACAGAGGAGGUCUACAAGCACUUUGCUUCCUCCAGCCUCAACCUGAACAGUGCGUACAAGCUGCUGAGUGCUGAUGGGCAGUCAGAACCUCCGUAUACUACCUGGAAGAUCCGGACCUCAGGGGAGUGCCGGCAUACACUGGAUUACAUCUGGUAUUCUAAACAUGCUCUAAGUGUGAAGUCAGCUCUUGAUUUGCUCACAGAAGAACAGAUUGGACCCAACCGGCUACCAUCUUUUAAUUAUCCUUCAGACCACCUGUCUCUAGUGUGUGACUUCAGCUUUAACGAGGAACCUGAUGGACUUUUAUAAAUGCUUGUCUAUGUCUCUUUAAUCACCAGAGUCUUAACCAGGGAUGUUUCAGGAAACUGAAAUAGGAUAAGUUGCUUGAGGAAGGAUUCCCAGUUUCUCUCACAUCAUUUUCCAUGUUUCCAGCAUGCCCUUGGGAAGGAAUCCCCAUUAGUCUACAAACGUUUUCCAUUAAAACCUAUAGCAAAAAAGGUGUUUGCACUCCAGUUUUAGCUUGUAGGAUUUUCUUUCCCUUAGCGUUACAUUUUCAUCAUUUAAGGGCAUUAAAAAUUAGGUUUGUUUUGUAGCCUUUUCAGAUUAAGGAUAGACUUGCUUGAGCCCUCCAUAAUUAACAAGUAUACAAGAACAAUUCCUCUAGACAGCAUUUCAGGUUAUUUAUUUGUGGUUGUUAAAAUGUCAGCAAGGGAUGCAUGGCAAUAUUUAUUUUUUUAUAUUUUCAUGUAAGAUUAAGUAAUUAGAGCAUUGUGAAUGUUUUAAAACCACGCAGAACAUAAGUUAUAUAGAGUAAUUUAUAGUGAUUUUCUUAAAUCUCUAAGAUCUUUUUAUUUGGGGGUCUAGUAGUAUACAAAGGGACUAUUUAGCCUGACGGGGCUUUUUUUUUUGUUCUAGAAGUGGACAUAUCAGGUGUCCUUGAUACUUUCUUUAUAAGUAAUCCUUGCUAUGCCUCCAUGUUCCCAUUGUUGGGUUUCUUAAAGAGAUUCCUUGGCCAGUCAGUCUUCAUUAUUGAAUCAGUGUUACGCACUUAAAGAGUUUUCCAUUAGAAUGCUAUGGUAUACAUUUGAGGUCACUCAAUGUCUAUUUGUAUGGGACGUGCUUUUCACACCAGGUUAUUUAGGAACUGCUAUGUGGCAGUAGCUAAGAAAGUAAGUGGGGCCUUCUUUUCAGAGAUGGGAAACUAGGAAGCCUAUCAACCAAGCUGUCCUUGAAAUCUCCUAAGAUAGCCAGGUGGCUAGUCCAAAACAUCUAGAAGAGAGUAAAAACUUAGAAAGGUAACCUGGAAUUCUGUUCCGACGAAAUAAAAGUGGUAAAGAUAACAAGUGAAGCCCCUUUCAAACAAAAUCCCAACAAAUAACCUAUUGGUGAAAAAUUGAUAACCCGUGAGUUGUAAAUAUUUAAGAAUAAUAAAUGGUCUUUUAAAGCUA